AUGCCCCCUGUUGGAUCUGAUCUACUGUUGCUGACCUGCAGUGUGACCCGACUAUUCUCUGCCCGCUGCUUUGUACCGCACCAACCCCAUGGCUCCCGACUCUGCUUGUUUGACCCUGCAUUUUCUCAUCCAUCCAUCCCGUCGGGAUCUCCUGACCUCCUCAUAUCAGGCUCUUACCCUGCGGGAGCCUCUGGCGGACGCCUCUACCACUGAUGGGUGUACCCAGUAGUCGCGACCUGGUCUUGGUGCGCUCCAAGUCCAUCCCCACCAUCAGGGGCCCUGGUGAACAAGUGCUCCGGGACUUAGACUCCGCGCUCUGGGGAAACCUGACCAGUGGAGUGCUAGAGGUACCGCCAGACGGUCCCUUACAGAU